CCAGCUUUCAGGACGAGCGGACCAGCUCGCUUGUGCCGUGGGGUGGGCACCUAAGUAUCAUACUUAAAGAAAGUAAGUAACGAAUUGGUUUCCAAACGUGGAAGCCUUGUAUUACCUUCGAGAAGCAACGUUUUUAUCACCAUGAGCAAUCUCCAGAAGAUGGGAGAUCAUCAGGCGGAAGCGGCCGCCGUUUCUCCGGAGCAAAUUGAGAUGUACAAGGAGGUGUUGCAGCUCGGCUCGGACAACAGUCCCAACCCCCAGUUCCAGAAAGCCGUCGCGGAAACCUAUCUCGAGCUGGCCGAGGACCGUGCCUUUCUCGAUUACGUGAUCAACCAAGGCUGCCGGAAUAUGGAUGUGUCAGGAUCGAAAUCGACAAAAUCGAAAAACUUGUGAUGCAUAAAAUGUAGAGCACUGAAGGCCUGUAUUGGGGCGCAUGCAUAUGAGGCCGAUUGUAAGCCUGUUUAGGGGUAUGCAAUGCGCUGCCAGAGUAGCAUGACAGGAGCAGUUUUCUUUCCCAAAACAGCAUGACAGACUGGAUUUUGGUGCUCCCGAAAUUUGUCAUGCGCCAAUUGAAAACUGAGGCUCUAACUGACAUCGAUUUUGUGCAUCACAAGUUUUUCGAUUUUGUCAAUUUCGAUUCUGACACUCCCAUACGGAAACUCUGCCGCCCGCUGCUGCGUAUGGUCGAGCGCGACGCGGCGGAUGUGUGGGCCUCGGUGCUGGACAUAUCAAGUGUAAAAAUGUCUGGGUCUGGAAACUUGUAAUGCUGUGCUGGGAAUAGUGAAUGCUCUGUAAUGCACAGCCCAGCAUGAGAAAUAUCUGCAGCGCUUUGUGUUGCGUUUUUCGCAUGAGAAACUGCGUUUUUGCACGAUAGGCAACAGGGUCUCUUCUUGGACACGCAUCACAAACUUUUUAGCCAUGCCAGACAAGCAUGACAAAUCUCGCAAUCUUCCAGACCCAGACAUUUUUACAUUUGAUAGGACAAGGUCGAGUCCAACAACAAUGGCCACGGAUUCGCGUCAGAAACGAAGAAGCAGAAGGAGCGAUCGAGCGUGUACCAGCUGACCCGGGAGUCCUGCAACGCGGCACUGCAGGCCAUGAUCAAUUUAGCCGCCACGCGCGCGAUGGCAGUGUGUUUCUUGGAACUGAAUGCCCAGGUGCGAAUUGCGGACUUCAUCACCAGGCAGGCAAAAACCUUGCAAACCGAGGCUGCUGCCGAUAAGAACAACACGACUGAAGACGAAGCAGAAAAAAAAGAGUACUACGUUUGGUUCUGUGCGAAAAUCAAAAUAGAAUGUGAGUGCUGUGUUGCUAGGACUUAUUAAUAUAAGUAAAAUUUGACAAAUUACGAGCCCCUUGUCAGGAGACAGAUGAUGCUGGUUAGUCAAAUUUCAAGCGAGAUUCUGGCACUAGUAUAUCGACGAAAUGAAAAGGGAGACCAAAACAUACAAAUGCACAACAUAUUUAUACAGGAGCCAGCGCCUGCUUCAGGAGAGCAUCCAGCUGUCCGUGAUGUUGCUCGGAAACCUCACCGGACUGGUGUGCCAGGCCGCGCAAGACGCCGAGCAGGACAGUUCCAAAGAUGCAAACGUGCAGAAACUGCUGAAUUCCGUGGUCCCAACCCUCCUGAACUUCUACCUGCAGCCCCCAAUUUGCGAGAAGGACCUCUUCGUGCCCGUGGCCACCACGCUGAUUUCCGUCUGCGAACUGAAGGAAGGCCGAGCCCUGCUCGCCCAGCCCAUGAUUCUCGCCAUCCUUGGACAGCAGCUGCUUGCGAGACAAAGGAGAAAAGACGUGCUGAAGCUGUACUGCAAGCUCGCCGCCGGCGCCGACGAGGAAGUGCACCAAAUGUUAUCCAGUGCGCAAUUCCUCCCCCGCGUCUGCUGCUACUUCUUCGAGAAAGCGGACGUCGCCGCAGCGAAAAAACAGUCGGAGAUGUUGACCGCAGCGUGCAGCGACAAGACGAUGACAGCGGAACAAAUUCUGGAAGAAGAGUUCCACCCGCUAGUCCUGCAGGAGGCCCAGGGCAUCUCGCAGGAUAGCGAUAUGAAGCAGUUUGGGAUCGACCUGUUCUACCAGUUCACAAAAACCGAAAACGGAAGGGCCGCCCUGCGCGAGCAGCGGGUUCUGCCGGUGCUGCGCAUGUGGCGAAAGAGUGAAAGGGACGCCGAGGUUCGGGGCAAGCUUCAAGUGGUUAUUUCCACCGCGUCAGUUUUGCAAAAGGACGGGGACGCGGUAUUGGAGACGCCGCUGCUGAUCACCUGCGACAAAGACGGAAACAUCCAGAGCUUACGCGCGGAAGAAGGCUCCACGCCGACGAACUGCAGCUCAGGAUCUUCGCCCGCGGGCUCGUGUGGUGGAGAUGCUGUUUCGUCACCUGCUGCAGAAAGAGAUGCGUGGGAACAAGUGGAAUCCUCGCCAGCGACAUUGUUAGAAGAGGAGGAAGCUGAAGAAACCGUGGAAGAGAUUGUGCCCUUGUUCUGACCACGACGAGAACGAUUUUGCUUUUGCUGUUGGAUAUGGAUCUCGCCGAGGAAUAAUUUCAAAACUUGGCACAAACAAGUAGGACCCUGCUUGCAAUUGUGGUGUGCGAAAGCAUCCAAAGAAGCGCAUAACGAGUCUCGAAACGAUCUUGACGCGAUUUUACGGUG